UUAACUGUCAGACCAGACACAUAAAUGUGUUUACUCCUUAAGAUAACUAACCCCUACGUCAAGCUGAUUUUAUGUCCUUAGCUCCUGAUAGACAAUAAAAUCCUACAGGAUGCUCAGAUUUGUGGCUCUUGGUUGUCUCCUGGUUUCCGCCAUCUGGGCGGUGCCUCACGACAAGAUAGCCAAGAUUUUCGCAGAUAUGGACUACAAUGAAAAUGACGUAAUCAUACAAAAUGAGAUCAUUUCAUACAUGGAGAUAUACAAGACAGACCCACACGACAAGAUUAUUGUGAAGGAGAGAUUUGUUAGGGUCUGGAUGCAAAAGUACAAAGACACGACAGUGAUGGCGCAGCACAUCUACAGUAAACUGGAUGCCAAUGGCGACGGGAUUCUCACUGACUCCGAUAUACCCAUCCUGUUCUUCCAACUGGACAAAAACCACAACGGAAUUGAAUGGUUUGAAUUCGAAAAGGCUUUUAACGCGUGGUACUCUGAGAUCUGAGACUACAAUCGUUGACGGAGUCUCUGAGGAUAGAGUUUUCUCAGAAUGGACAUUUGACAACUGUAUGCACCGCACUCACCCUGGGCCUUUUCAAAUGUAUAUUGCCGGGAAAUAAAAAUUUAUGUCUAACUGACAA